AGAUAUUUCUACGACUGCAUUUAACUCUUGUGAAAGUUAUUUCUUCUAGUGCACACUACAAAAGUUCAAAUCUCUCUCUCUCUCAUUUUCAUAUGCUGUGCACCAAAAAUGCAGCUUCCUUCAACAAUUUCAUUGAUUAUCUUCUCAUUUCUUGUUUGGGGCAACGAUGCUUCAUCAAAAAUAUCCACAUACAUUAUCCACAUGGAUAAAUUCUCCAUGCCCAAGGCAUUUUCCAGUCACCAGUUUUGGUACUCUUCCAUCCUUGCCAAAUCAGCAUCUCCGGCGUCACCUGAGCCCAAGCUCAUCUACACCUACGACCAUGCCUUCCAUGGAUUCAGCGCCGUGUUGUCGGCAGAAGAAGUCGAAGCCUUAAAGAACUCACCCGGCUUCAUUUCCGCCUACAAAGACAAGAUCGCGGUCGCAGACACCACUCACUCCACCAAGUUCCUCGGCCUCACUAGCGCUUCCGGCCUCUGGCCGGCUUCCAACUACGGCAAAGACGUCAUCAUCGGCGUUAUCGACUCCGGCAUCUGGCCGGAGAGCCCGAGCUUUAAUGACGACGGAAUGACUGCGAUCCCGGCGAGGUGGAAGGGAGCUUGCGACGGCGGUGUAGGUUUCAAUUCGUCGCUGUGCAACAAGAAAAUCAUCGGAGCCAGAUACUUCAACCAAGGAGUUCGAGCAGAGAAUCCUGAUCAGGAAUUCAUAGAUUCAGCAAGGGACGACGAUGGCCACGGCACCCACGUGGCGUCCACUGCCGCCGGAAACUACGUGGACGGAGUUUCCUACUUUGGCUACGCCCCCGGAACAGCCAGAGGGGUCGCUCCGCGAGCUAGGCUCGCAGUCUACAAGGUCCUUUUCUUCGGAGCCGCCGCUUCCGACGUGCUGGCCGCAAUGGACCAGGCCGUGGCGGACGGAGUGGAUAUAAUCUCCAUUUCCAUUAGUAGUUUUCCAAUAGAGCUCUAUGAGAAUCCGAUUGCAAUCGCUAGCUUUGGUGCUAGGGAGAAGGGGAUCAUGGUCUGUAUGUCGGCAGGAAACAGGGGACCGAGUUACGCCACCAUACGAUCGGGGAUCCCGUGGGCUGUCGUGGUGGCUGCGUCCACUAUUGACCGUUGGUUCGCGGGUACCUUAACCCUCGGCAACGGCAAAACCAUCAUCGGAUGGACUAGGUUUCCAGCGAGAGCCCGUGUGAGAGACUUGCCACUAAUAUACAAUCAAACUCUAUAUUCCGAUUGCCAGUCAGAAGCAUUACUAGCCGAAGCGCCUUCUCCGGGCAUCAUCGUCUGCGAUUUCACCGAGUUCUUCACCUCCAUUGGAGAUCGGACCGGGCCGGUUAUCCGGCCAGCCAUCAUCGUCUCCCAAGACCUCACUGUGUUCCGAUUCGUUUCGUUCCCGUACCCUGAGAUUGUGAUAACCCCAGCACAAGCCCGCGACUUGAUCAAUUACGCGACAAACACUUCUUCCCCAGCCGCAUCCAUCGAUUUCCAGCAAACGAUUUUAGGUCCAGGGCCGAGAGCUGCUCCGUUGCUGGCGGAUGAUUCAUCGAGAGGGCCCGCGCAAAGCUACGAGCGCAUCCUGAAGCCCGACAUAAUGGCGCCGGGAGUGCUGAUUCUAGCAGCAUUCAAUCCUCAGAUCAGAACAACUACUCUGCUUGGAAAUUUAGAACUUUCUAGUGACUACAACCUUCUCUCAGGGACAUCAAUGUCAUGCCCUCACAUAUCCGGGGUCGCGGCCCUUCUAAAGGCCGCGUACCCAGAUUGGAGCCCUGCGGCCAUACAGUCCGCGAUGAUGACGACCGCCAAUCAUCUUGAUAACACAAAUCAACCUAUCAGGGAGCAGGACACCCUACUUGCCCAACCACUAGGCAUGGGGUCGGGUCAUGUUGAUCCGAACCGUGCCCUUGAUCCUGGGCUCGUUUACGAUGCUUCUGUUCAGGACCUGGUGAAUCUGGUAUGUUCCAUGAACUUUACUAGCAACCAGACUCAAACGAUCAUAAGGUCAAGCUACAACUGCUCGAAUCCAUCCUCCGACCUCAAUUAUCCAUCGUUUGUGGUUCAUGCUGAGGGAGGAGCUACUAAGGCUUGGGAGUUCCAAAGACAUGUAACGAAUGUUGGCGCGGGUGCAGCCAGGUAUAAGGCUACGGUGGAAGUGCCAGGGAAUGUGACGGCGAGAGUUCGGCCUCAAACGCUGGUGUUUGGCAAGAAAUACGAGACCAAGAGUUAUUCACUUACGAUUCGGUAUAAGGGUGUUGAUGAAGUAUUCGGAUGGGGUGCUCUGAUCUGGACCGACGAAACCGGCAACUACAAAGUUAGAAGCCCGAUUGUAUUCAUAUCUUGAUUGAUGCCCAAAACAAUAAAUUGUAGCAAUGGUUGUUACUAUUAUGUGGGUUCCAUCUGUUUAAUUUCAA